GCCGGUAGGGGACUACAUCCGCAGCAAUACAUGCAGGUUCAAUAACGUUGGGAGUUAAGUUUAGUGAUAAGAGAUAUCCCAACCAGAUUAAAACAAAUACCAAUUGGCAGUUGUGUACGUACUCUUUGGAACAUCAUGGCUAUAACAGCAGACCACAUUCGCAAUAAGCUAACAACGGAUAUUGGAGCAAUAUAUGUGGAAGUUGAAGACACAUCCCCCAAUAGAUGUGCUGCCAGCUUCAAGGUGCUUGUCGUGUCACCGCAGUUUGAGGGAAAACCGCUGCUGCAAAGACACAGGAUGGUGAACACCUGCUUGGCUGAGGAGCUGAAGGAGAUCCAUGCAUUUGAACAGAAGACCCUUACGCCAGAGCAAUGGGAAAAGCACAAGGCCCAGUGAUCCCUCAUUCACGCAGAGGCACACAUCCAUUUCUUUUUUUUUUUUUCAAAAAAUGCAAGUAAUGGAUCAAAGAUGGAGAAAGGUAAAAUAAUGCUGUCACUCAAGCCUUCUGCUGAUACCACAAACAAUACUUUAAAAAGUGUUCAAAAGGAUUCUGCAGUUAGCCUGUGGUCUGACUGACAAAUCACGUUUUAAAUUGUGUUGCCAAUUUUCUUUUUUCUCCUGUUAUCCCCGUAGAGGUCAACAACCUCAUGGCUUUUCUCUGUAAAACAGACACUGACUACAAUAAAAUCAACAAAAGGAAACGGGUCUCGUCAUUUUGGAUUGU